AGCCGCCGGGAGGGGGCAGCAGCGAGCUCGCAGCUCCGCCGGCCGCGCGGGGGCGCUCUCGCCGCGGAGGUGGUGGCGGACCCGGAACGGCUCGGCCGCCGCCGCGACCUCGGCGCCCCGGAUGGGGAAGGAGGCGGCAACUGCCCUCCGCGAGCCGCGCAGCCCCGGCAAGUGCGGGCGGGUGGGUCCGGGGCGGGAGCCGGUGUUUCCGGGCCGCUCUGUCCUCUGCCGGCCCCCGCGGGCCCCACGCUGCUUUCAUAGGUUCACAGUCCUCCUUUUUCUAGGAACUUGGUUCAGAGAACGAGCUCAUCUACUGGAGGCCUGGCCUGGGUUGCUGCCUUUGAAACUCGGAACAACAUCAGCCACAGCACGGCAUGGAAUUUCCAGAAAGGUCUUAUUUCGAAACUUCGUAGAGAACAAGAGCCACCUGGACUCGUGCGAGAGAGGUUGCACCGGCCUGUGUCUGAGGGAGAGGAUCAUGUGCGCCCAGCCUGUAACGAACGCCAAGGAGGCCAAGUGGCAGAAGGUCCUGUAUGAGCGCCAGCCCUUUCCUGAUAACUACGUGGACCGGCGUUUCCUGGAGGAGCUCCGGAAGAACAUCUACGCCCGGAAAUACCAGUAUUGGGCUGUGGUAUUCGAGUCCAGCGUGGUGGUCCAGCAGCUGUGUAGUGUCUGCGUUUUCGUCGUUAUCUGGUGGUAUUUGGAUGAGGGUCUUCUGGCCCCCCAGUGGCUUUUUGGGACUGGGCUGGCUUCUUCACUGAUUGGCUACGUUUUGUUCGAUCUCAUAGACGGAGGAGAAGGACGGAAGAAGAGCGGGAGGACACGGUGGGCUGACCUGAAGAGUGCCCUCGUUUUCAUUACUUUCACAUACGGUUUCUCGCCAGUGCUGAAGACCCUGACGGAGUCUGUCAGCACCGACACCAUCUAUGCCAUGUCGGUCUUUAUGCUCUUAGGCCACCUCAUUUUCUUCGACUAUGGUGCCAAUGCCGCCAUCGUAUCCAGCACGCUGUCCUUGAACAUGGCCAUCUUCGCUUCCGUCUGCCUCGCGUCACGCCUGCCCCGGUCCCUGCAUGCCUUCAUCAUGGUGACGUUUGCCAUCCAGAUCUUUGCCCUGUGGCCCAUGUUACAGAAGAAACUGAAGGCGUGUACUCCCCGCAGCUACGUGGGAGUGACGCUGCUUUUUGCAUUUUCAGCCUUGGGAGGCCUCCUGUCCAUCAGUGCUGUGGGAGCCAUCCUCUUCGCCCUUCUGCUGGUUUCCAUAUCUUGUCUCUGCCCUUUCUACCUCAUUCGCCUGCAGCUUUUUAAAGAGAACAUUCAUGGGCCUUGGGAUGAGGCUGAAAUCAAAGAAGACUUGUCCCGGUUUCUCAGCUAAGUUAGAGACUCCCAUUCUGUUAGGAGGGCAGGCUGCUAGACUGGCCUCCCAACUAGUGUAGGAUUUGAAGGCAGAGUCCCAUUCUGGAAGCAAUGUACUGAUGUGGGUCGGGGAGCGGAAAUCAAAAGAAAAACGUGUAACCAAAGGCGUGGGUGGUGAAGGUGCUUGUCCUUUCUGUUAUUUUGUGGAUGAAGAAGCUUCCUGGGGCCCUCUUGAAUUCUUGCCUCUCACUCACUGUAACAAAUGAAGUCAUGUGGUUUCUAUUUAUUAAAAAAAAAACACACACCCA